AUGUACAACCGGACGGCGAGAACGACCUUGCAGGGCCUCGGCAGGCUCAGUCGAUCUACACCGACGGGUUCGGCUUGGGCUGGAAGAUGCUUCAGCACCAGUCCUCACCAUGGUGUGCCGGUUCUCUUCCGGGGGACAGACAACGAAGGACUGGACAAAAUCCUCAAUGAAAUUCAAGAAAAGAUCAUCCUCCCAGCCCGCCUACCCCCGAAGAAGCGAUCCGUCGUCUUCAGCCCCAGUAAGCGUUCCUACCUCGAGCAGAACCCGAUCGUCAUCGAGGUGGAGGGGGUGGAACACAGUUUCACAACAAUCGACAAACAUCAUGAUAUCCCCAGAAACAAGAAGCUCUUUCUCGCCGCCCUGGAAAAAAUGGAAACAAGUCGCGAUUGGCGAAACCUCGCCAUCAUGUUCGCCGGCUUCAAGAAUGCCAACGUCAAGCUCCCACCAGGGUUUCACGGCAAAGUUGCCCGGUUGGCUACGAGAAAGGGCUUCGGAAACAUCCUCAUCGAGUGCGCCAACGAGGCGGACGCAACUGGCUUCUAUAUCCGCAACAAGGAGCUCCUUAACCAAAUUCUCGUCGACAUCACCACCAAGGUCACUGCUGCCGGAGGCAACUGGGAGCAAAUUCAGAAACUUGUGAGGAGUAUUGACACCGUAUUGGAUAUUCUUCAGCGUCCUUCACACCGAGAAGACGUUCGCAACGUUCGUGACAGAUUAACCCACUCAUUGACUGCUCGUGGUCAAAUUCUCCUGGCCCGGUCCGCUCUUGUCAAGGCGAAACACGAAGCUGGAGAGCCGAUUGAGAAGGAGCUUGACCUACUCCUGGAGGACGUCAAAGUAUUCGUCUCGCUGUGGGAACCUCUCCUGGAACAACAGAUCGCGGAGAUUCCCGAGUUUGUUGAAUUGUUACCCGUCAUAGGGAAGACAACCAGAAAUUCACCUAGAUUGGCCCCAACCCCCUACGUUAACUCGCUCGCACGGAACGUAAAGGGAAUCCGGGCAGCACACCACACAGCCAAGCAGCACCCGGAAUUCAAGUCCAUCGAUGAGAAGCUUGACUCGGUACUGCUCCCUGUUGCAAAUGCCAUUGAGUCACAUGUCGCCGAGUUUAUCAGUCCCUUGCCCAAGCGCUCUGAACUUGCAGAAGUAUACAAGGCCGUCGUCGGCAAUGAACCAAAGAAGGCUUCAUGA